GUAGGUAGCCCCGCCUCCUGGGGCGGUUGCCCUACGCGUGCGCAGUGGGCCGCAGGGCCGCCAUGAGGGAAUCUCGUAGGUCAUCACCCCUGCGGGUGAACGCGGCGUUUGCCGCGCGGUACGGCCGCUACCGGGAGCGCGAGGAGCUGCAGCGGCUGAAAGAUCGCUACGGGGACCCGGACAGCGGCGGCGACUCCAGCUCCGAGUCAGACUCCAGCAACGAGCGCGUGGAAUUUGACCCCCAGCAGGACCGUGAUUUUUACAGGACUCUCUCCUUGUUGAAGAAGAAGGACCCUCGCAUUUAUCAGAAAGAUGCCACCUUCUAUCACAGAACAGCACCAUCCUCAGAGAGCGAGGAGCAGCCGGCAACCGAGGAAAAGCCGAAGAAGGUGCAGCGCAUGUACUUGAAGGACUACGAGAGGAAGGUUAUCUUGGAGAAAGGAGGCAAAUAUGUCGAUGAGGAUAAUUCAGACGGGGAGAACUCCAACCAGACAUGCCAGAUCUCGAAAAGUUACGUGGAAGAACAGAAGCAGCUCAAAGAAAGCUUCCGGGCAUUUGUAGAUGACAGUGAGGAUGAGGACAGUGCCGGGGAAGGCAGCUCUGGGUUGCUGCAGAAAUGUCCUAAAACCAGGCAGGAGAAGGCCCAGGAGGAUGCCAGCUACCUGGAAUGGCUGAAGGGGCAGAAGGAGAUGGAAAACCCCGACACCCUGAAGGAACUGACCCACCUCAAGGAAUACUGGAACAACCCAGAGCUGGAUGAAGGGGAGCAGUUCCUGCGGGAUUAUAUCCUCAACAAACACUACGAGGAGGAGGAGGAGGAGGAGGAAGAAGAGGAGGAGGAGGCGGCAGGUAGUGUCCCCGACCUCCCAGUUCAGCUGGUGGUGAAUGACUCCUCAGACGAAGGGGAGCUAUUUCUGAAGAAGCAGGAGGACUUUGAACACAAAUACAACUUCCGAUUUGAGGAGCCGGACGCGGCCUCGGUCAAGACCUACCCUCGAAGCAUCGCGUCCUCGGUGCGCCGCAAGGAGGAGCGCAGGAAGGAGAGGAGGGAGGCGACUCGGGAGCGCAAGAGGAGGGAGAAAGCCAAGAAGCGGGAGGAGCUCAAACAGCUGAAGAACCUGAAGAGGAAGGAGAUUUUGGCCAAGCUGGAGAGGCUGCGGCAGGUCACGGGCAAUGAGACGCUGGGCUUUGAGGAGCGGGACCUCGAGGACGACUUUGACCCCACCCGGCAUGACCAGGUCAUGCAGAAAUUCUUCGGAGAUGAGUACUAUGGCACCGUGGAGGAGGAGAAACCCCAGUUUGAAGAAGAGGAAGGGUUUGAGGAUGACUGGAAUUGGGACACGUGGGCUGGGCCUGAGCAGGCCAGGGCUUGGAGCCAGCAGGAGCUGCACUGCGAGGACCCCGAUUUCAAUAUGGAUGCCGACUACGACCCCAGCCAGCCACAGAGGAAGCAGCGUGAGGCCCCGUCGAUGGGCAAGAAGAAGCACAGGUCGCCCUUUGCCACAGCUGUGGUGCAGGCAAAGCCUGUGUUCGACCCAGCAGGGGACACAUCGUUUGAGGAGUACCUGGAUGAGUAUUACCGGCUCGACUACGAGGACAUUAUCGAUGACCUGCCCUGUCGCUUCAAGUACCGUAGCGUGGUGCCCUGCGACUUUGGGCUGAGCACUGAGGAGAUCCUUGCUGCUGACGACAAGGAGCUGAACCGGUGGUGCUCACUGAAGAAGACCUGCAUGUACAGGUCAGAGCACGAGGAGCUACAGGACAAGAGAGUGUACAGCCAGAAGGCCCAGAACUUGUGGAAAAAGAGGCAGAUCUUCAAGUCACUCUGCCCAGAGGAGACAGAGAUGCCCAUGGAAGCCACACGGAAGCCACAGAGAGACAAAGCAAGCCCGCAGAGGCAGCUGCUGGCACCUGAUGCGGCCUGCAGGAAGCAGCCCCAGCCUGAGAGCCCCCCGGCACAGGAAGAGGUGGCCUCUGUGUCACGCACCAAGCCAGACCAUCAGAGGCGGAGGAGGGGCAAGAAGGCCCGUCUCCUGGGCCCCACUGUGACUCUGAGUGGACGUGAGUUUAGCCACCAGAGGCUGCAAGCCUUUGGCCUCAACCCCAAACGGCUACACUUCCGCCAGCUGGGCCGGCAACGGAGGAAGUACCAGGGGCCCAAGAGCCGUCCCUGAGCUCGAGGUAGCAGGCAGGGUCCUUGGCGUUCUCCCCCUCAAUCAAGCCCCUGGAUGCCUUCUCCUGUUUUGACUGUAUAAUCCUGUCUACCUGUGGGCGAGGGAGUUUUACCAUCUUACAGGUGUGGAAGCUGAGGCUUACUUAAGCUUCCCUGGACCCCAUCCCUCAAGUUCUGGCCCAUCCAGAGCCACAGUCAAGUCAGAUGGUUUUAUUAGCCUCCAGUGGCCACGGAUCCCCCUACUGCCACCAGUCCUUGGCAAGACGGGGGCUUGGGGACCGGUGAGUGGCCUCAGAGGUCCAGUGCAAACUACAGUACCUGAGUCAGGCCCUGAGUGGGUGCCCGGGGUCCCUCCCUCCCUGCCCCCAGGAGAGGCCCAGGAGCAGGCGCUGCCCCUGGCCACACGCCCCGGCCAGAGGUUUCCUGGACUGGUCGCAGCUGCGCUUGUCAAGGUGAAAUGGGAAGGUCCCUGUUCUCGGAGUUCAAGCUUCCACACCCAGUGUGACAUAAAUAAAAAAAUAAAUAGUGUUGCAUCUUC